GAAGAAAGAAUGCGCAAAACUGGCCGUUAUAUGCGGAUGCUGUGUCAGUCCUAUGCCGCGUUUUAUCGACCUCCCCCAGAGGGAAACGGUAGCCUCUUCGACGCCGCAAAAAUGCGAACGGCCUGUGACUCAUCUAAGCAAUCUGAGGAAGAGAAUCGCGGGAUUGAUCAACUGGGUGACUUUUUUGAGAAGGAGCUGACACCUUGGCUUGCAAUUCUUCUCCACUAUACGGAGAGUAAAUUUGGACACGUGCCGCGGUACAAUCAGUUAAGGGGAAGUUUUUGGUGCUUCUUUUACCGCUUGUUUUGCCCUCCUUAAGUAGGAAAGGCGUAACAGACUGGGGAUAGAAAUACCAAAACCAUACCCUAAGGCAGGCCUUGACCUGCCUCAUUCUGACCGAAAAAGCGGUCGAGGCGGAUGCAAUUAGGGAGAAAGGAUUUGCAACCAAGCAAGCAAAAGGCAGGCCAAUCGCGAUGGCCCAGGUACCCACUGGGCAGGGCAAGACAAUAAUUUUAAGGGUCAAGAACCUUCAUUGGUGGUUACUGAAGAGAGGUGCCAUUGAUGAUAUCGAAGAGGAGCCCCCUUGAGAGAACAGGGGAAAACUAUGUACUAAGGGAAAUCAGGGGGAGAGGCGUGGGUCUCUUUUCUUUCAGAAUCAGUGACCACUGGCUGCCGGCCUUUAAUAAUUGCGGCUUUACUCGCAAUGCUUCUCGAUUUGUAUUACGCUUUUAUCUCGAAAGAGGGGCGACGAAUGUCCGCCGCCGUGAUUACCCCCAAUGAAGUAUUAGCUCUUCAAGACUACGAGAAAACGACCAAAGCCAUCUAUGAUCAUGUGCACAAGGGCAUAAACGAACAACUUAAGACGGGCAAUGACGCGAGCGCGAGGAGGUGGGAACUAAAACACCGACUGUAUUUGGGAGAUGAGUCUCCAACUUCUACUUCUUCAGAACCACCAGGUACGAGUUCGGACGAUGCAAAAACGUGGUCCAUCACCCACACGACUCCUUAUUUCGCUACCAACGACAUGUUCACAAAGCGCGGGUACGAGGACAUGUCCGAAGAUGAGCGCAGGAAAGCUGAUUCUAUGCAUAAAUUAAGGCUUACAGUAAUUCAUCUCCAGAAGCAUCUUUGGCCCCUUUUUUAAGGGGAAAAUACGCCAAAGAUACUUCCCAAGAUGAAUAUUUACGUAAGCGCUAAAUAGAGCAGCAGGUCGCAACGGCGCCGGACCACAACUCGACUGGCACAAAGACCCUAAGUCGUACACGACCUCCAUUGCUUCCAUUGCCAUCGUCGAUGAAAUUGACGCCGUUUUGUAUGAUAAGAUUGGCGAUGGCGUACACCGACCGGAAGACCUGCCGCGGUCUCACGAUAUUACCCAGGUUCUCUCUUUCGUGUACGAUGUGGUGGCCAUUUAUCUCGAAGCACAAGCCUUCGAUGGCUGUAGUGAAGCACUAAAGGAAAUAUUCACAUCAACUCCGGCUCCUGGGACUCCUGCAGCAGAUGAGGAGCAGUUGACGUCAAUCAUACAAGCGGGGGUCGCGUAUUUGCUCGACGUGAAGAACUACAAGGAGCUGCUUCCAUCUUCGGUGCAGAGCGAGACGAGCUCAUCCUGGAAGAAGAUAGAUUCUCUGGGCAAGCCGCUUUCAGGCAUCCAUGGAUGUCUCAGCACCAGAACGUACCAAGAAGAACCUCGCUUCCCAGUUAGCAGAUGGGAAAACUUGACUAAGGGUUUGCGAAUCACAUCCCCCGGCGCUUGCCAUCGAUCCUCGGUUCUUUUCCUAGUAGAAAAGACGCCAUGUCGUGGUCGUGGGGGUCAUGUUUUGAGGAAUCAUGUUACAUCGUACUAGCCUGCUCUAACUUGAUGAAGAACGCGCCUCCUUUUCUGGGAUGCAAGCACGAGUUGGAGCAAGCCUCCGAGAUUUUGGAGACUGAUUCUGAGCAACGAUCUGGCGUUCUUUGCGUCGCGUAUAAAGCACUGAUCAGAGAGGAAGUCAAAACCUGGGUCAAGUACGGACUACAAAUGCUGCACCCGAAUAAGCUCGGAUAUUAUACUCCUGGAAAAGAGUACCUGUUGUCAGAGGGACUCUGCGCAAGGCCGGAGCUCCAGAACCGUGCCAGCUCCAGUACCAUGUUUACGGACGGGGAAAAAAAGGCCAUGCGGUUCGUUUUGUUAUGCGAUCUAGGUCGUGUUGGUCGCGACACGAUGGAGGAAGAUCUCGCAAGCACGCAGGCGGCUUUCGGAAAGCCGGGCGAAGUUCUUGCGAGCGUACGUGUGGGGGAGCGUUUUUCUCCAUCUGGCACGAAAUGGACUGAGCUCAAGGUCCCGGGAUCUUUUCACUACUUUCUGAAGCUGCGCUUUGGAGAUGAGCGCGGUCAAAACGCAUUAUGCGACAUUGCAGUGGCUGCCUUGAGACGUUGGCAUGACGAAUUAGAAGCCCGCAAACUCGCUCCGAAGGAGGAGACGGAAGGUUUCGUCAACACGCUUACUCGAGUGAAAAAUGCAGCGAAGCGUGCUAGUGAGCUCUGCAUCUACGCACGGAGCGUGAAAGGCUGCGGCAGAAGAGAGGCAAUGAAGAAUGGUGGGUCCGCGGUCAUCUGUGAGCGCGAAGUUAUCGAGGACUUCCACAGAGUCUUUGUAACGCACAGCGACGCACUUUGGGCGGAAAGCGGAGCUUCUUCGCCGAUUUACGUAGGUGACAGAGGAGCAGGACUGCCGAACCCGAAAAUGCGGUUCGAGUAUCCUCUUCAUUACGGGUAACGUCAACCCAUCUCCAACAGCAUCUUUUGGCCUUUUUCUGCUUGAAAACAGCCAAAAGAUGUUCUAAGAGAUGGGCACUUGUCGGCACCUCUAAAUCCAGGCAGCAAUGGAGUACAAGCAUAACCGUGGACUGCUCGCCGUGAAACCUACGCAGACGUCGAUCGCUGUGUCAUCCAUGGAGACCAUGGCCAUGUUCAAAACGGCAAUCGUCGGCUUUUACGGCUUGCCCGAGUCCAUCCCUAUAGAAGGUAUCCCUCAAGAACCGUAUGCGCCCGAAUUUGCUUUUCAAGAGAGCAAAAAAAUCAUCUACAUCUGGGGUUACAACUUUUAAUUAAUAUAAAUAUAAAAUAUUGAGGAGGCAUAUUCAUUUUUUACGCAUGAUACCUCGGUUGAGGGAGGAUCUCCACACAGGGAUGAAUUCGGGAGUAUAGGUCCUCUAAGGCUUUACAGGAACUUUGCCCUUGCCUGGUACACCGGAACUAAAGGAGGAGGAGGAUGCUUACGACCUUUUUUGUGGAGUUAUGCGGAAGCUCCCAACCUCGCAUGAUGCUAACGGUUGUUUACCCUUCAAGAAGGAGGGCCCAGAUUGCAAUGAGUUCUCUUUCUCGAUAGUGCCGUCUUUCGCCGCAAGUCGCUUGCACACGUACAGACCCAUCGUCCUGUCGCGGAGACUCGCGCACAAGUAUUACCGAAAAGCCUACCUCCCGGUCCCGGAGCAGUCUGCCUUGGUCGAGAAAAUCCGGACCCGGGGAAGUGACAACAAAAACGUGCUACAACUCGAGUUGAUGGCGUUUUCUGCGGCUGGAGUCGUGCUGUAUGGGAGGGAUCCGAGUACGGGCGCCCUCUUUUCACGCCAACACUGCAUCUUAGUAGUGUUAAGGGUAGGCUAAAGGUGCUUUUGUUACCGUUUGUUAUGGCUCUCUUAAGGGGGACAGCCAUAACAAACGGGAGAACCCACGAACACCAAAAACCUACCUCUAGGAGUGUGCCAGAGUCGUCUCCUUGCCGACCAAGUCGCUAGCACCGUUACCUUAGGCCAUGAUUGCAUCGUCGUGCUAGUCGAUUGUGAUUUAUAAAUAUCCCUGGUGAGGACUCUUUAUUAUUAUUUCCCACAAGAACGCCAAAAUCAAUGCUUUGCAGUUACACUUCUCUUUGGCUAAAAAUGUUCUUUCCCCGUAAGAAGGAAGUCAGGCAUCAUAUAAUCCCGAAGUCGAGAACAUGGAGAGUCGAGAAAAUCGAGGCUCGGGGGUAAGUCGCUUAGGAUAUGUACUUUUCGCUAUUUUUAUAGGCUUUUUUGUUUUAUCAUUACGUCUUUCUUCUAGGUUAAGGUUUUGGUCCUGCGACGCUCAAAGCACUAAGUAAAGCAACCGGGUAGUUUUCACCUCCACAAUCUUAGCCUUAUCCCAUGCAACAAUAUUAUUACGUCUUUCUUCUUUUCCAGAUGUUCUGAAGUGGGGACCUCUAAUUACCUUGCUCUGGGGACGCAGCGGAAAAACAGAAGAAGAAGCGAAGAAGCACUUGUUCAAGUUCACGGGGGUAAUGGAAGUGGACGCGGACGUAAUGUUAAGGCUCAGACUUCAUUGGUCACUGAGGUUGAUCACACGGGAAAACCGAGGUUGGUCACUGCGGUUGAUCACUGAGGUUCGUCAUCCCUUGAGAGAACAGGUGAAAACUAAGGGAAAACAAGUAGAGAGGCCCGUUCAGAGUCAGUGAUCAAUAAGCGUCGACCUUUAAUAGUGGGUCGAGCGUUUGAUGCGGGUGAUGUGAUAACGUUAAGGCUCGGAACAAGCUCAAAAUAUUAUACAUAGGUUAGCACUAGCAGCAGAAGAUGUCCUGCUGUGUCUAAAAAGAGAAGUCAAAUCUCACUGGAGGUAGAGGUCAAGGAGAUUAUCCGCUAGAAGUGAAGGGAAUUAAGUAACUCGACCACGGGGGACGAAUAGGCAUAGGGAUUCUUACCGUUCUCACUCAACCACGGGGGACGGAUUGGAGUCGGCAAAUAAGACGCUGCACUAUUCUAUGCUCUUCUAUGCUAUUCUACUCCUUCUAUUCUAAGAGGAGGCCCGCCUACUGUCGGUCGAGGCGUGGACUGGAAGUGUAAAGCGAAAGGAGGACUUCUAGUUAUCGCAGUUUCUCACUCCGACAGCGACCGGGAGCAGAGGCAGGUCAUGGGUCGUGCUGCGCGGGCGGGUGAGCCAGGGGCAUACGUCGAAGUUUACGUCAACGGCGACCUGGGGCAGGUUGCCCCGGAGAGGCAACUUAAGCAGUACCUGAUCGGCGAGCAGCUAGUGACGACACUGAAGGCGAACAUGCGCACAGAAAUCCUUAAUUUAAGACGAGUACAAGAAAUCUCGAACAUCUGAUCUUGGUCUUCGUGUUUUCUUUAAAGGAACGAAAAGGGGACCUCCCAAGAAAAUGCUGCUGAAGGUGGAUUCAAGCGGCACAUAGACAUAUCAAAGACUAGAAAGGAGCACUUCUCAAUCUAGUAAACAAUUACACUUACUUACUAACUUCACAGUUCUUCGUCUGCUGUUGAUGAAGAUCAUUGAUUUCUCUUAGUUCUAAUCCAUGCAUAUCGAAACGAGUGGCCACAAAUGCUGUAUCCUGGGGAUGGCCAGACUCAGAAAGGUCAUCAGUCAAUAAUGAAGAUAGCGGUCUCCUUUCUUAAGGGUAGUGUUUCACUAUCCCAUGUUGUGGACUAUGCUGAGUGGAUUCCUCUUUGAUUUUUAGGGGAAGCAAAGGGGUAAAGAGGGGAACCCACUCAACUCGGGAUGGUGGGGAGCUACCUUUAAUUUUCUCACUGCGAGAGCUGACACGCUAAACAACUAUGGCGGAAGUAGUUUUUUCUCCCAUUUUUUUAACAGGCUGAAAGAACACAGACACCAGGCUGAAAGGGAGGAAGAAAAGACGCAAUAGUUAGCAGCUACAGACUGAACCCGUAAAUACUGGGUAGGUAUGCAGAAUUUUAGAGCGUAACGCGAUAGGCAUAAACAUCCUGCACCAUUUUGGGGGUGUUGAUUCCUAAACUGACACCGAACGCCCCCGGCGAUAGCGAGGAAGGUGACGGCAGGAAUCAGCGCCGCCCUGAGUUGUGAAAAUCGUGCGCGGUUUCUUCUGCUCGGUGUGUUUAUUCUUAUCCCGAGAAAAUUCCCCUGGGUCGUAUUCUCGUCUAUCGUUCUGCAGUCAGUUCCGAGUGAAACGCGUGAAGUUGUUUGAAGUCGUAAAAGGUCCGCACAUCUCCCGCACAGUUUGGCUUCGCAAGUUGUUUGGCGCGCGCGCCACGCACUCGCGGCCGCGCGCGUCCUCUGGCCUUCGUUCGCUGAAGGUGGCAAGAACAAGAUCGAUGACAGACGCAGGCCGCGGCGUGGCGUGGCUCGUUGCUUGUUGGCUUGGCUCUUGUGUCGUGUCUGUCUUUGUGUGGGUCUGUGGCGCUUGGGGGGGCUGGGUGCAGAUGAGGACAGGGCGCCCGCGGAUGUGUUCGCCCGUGCUCUGUCGUUCGGUGUCUGUGUUCUUUGUCUUCGGUGUUCUGCGCCAUCCCCUUGGGCUGGUUGCUUCGUGCAGUUCGUUUGCCUUCGGCCUUUGUCUUGCCGUGUUGUGGUCGGCUUCGCUUGUCCACUGGGUGGAUUCGCAGGGGCUUCGGCUAAAUUGAUGCGCUCCAUCUUCCCCCCCGCCCCCUAUAUAUCAUCAUCAUUAUCUGCCCAUUUAACAGGCCAUCUAGGCUGGUGUCCUUCUCCACCUCAGAGGUGUGUAAGGUUGAAACUCAAGGUCGUCGGUUGGAGCCUCCCUGGUAAUGGUCUGCGUAAGUAAGUAGAUAGAAAAAACAGGAAGAUCCAUAACAACCUUUGGGAGGCACUCACGACAGGAGUUAUGGAGCAGUUCACUCAUCUCGACGACCCCGCGAAGAGACGGGAGAAGAUCAGACACGCGAAAGAGACCGUGUGUAAGUCAGGCGAGGAAUUCGUGCGAGAGCUGCAUAAUAAUGCUGCUCUUGUUAAGGCCACAAGAAAUCCAUCGCGGCAGGCAUCUUGCUCCCUUUUUUGAAGGGAAACGGGGACCAAAGAUGCUGCUGAAGAUGGAUUUCCCUUAGUUCUAAUCUUGGCGCAGCGGCUCCACGAGUUGAGGUGAAAGAGGUUUGCUUCAAGCUUGGAAACAAGAUUUUUGGCUACAAUCCCAGCGAAGAAGAUCCCCUGGACUUGAACGUGAACCUGUACAACUUGCCGAAAGAGGCGCCGCAACAAGGCCUCUUGCCCGACAAAUAUGCGCUAGGCGCUUUCGCGAUGGGGCAGGUGCGAAAUGUGCUGGAUCCGAGAAAGUGUAACGGUGCCAAACUGAUGAUGUUUCGGAGACUAAAAAUGUUGAGGCUCAAUGCAAUGCAUUUCUGCAAGCCAUUUGUCCUUAUUUCCUUCGUAGGAUUGGGAGAAAUGUACACAAGAAAUGAACUACGUACUGCUUCGAGCUCUAAAAAUGCUGAGGAAUGCUGAGACAAUUCUUUUUCACGGUAAGGAGAACGCGGCGGCCUCAGGGCUGCUCUUCGAAGAGUAGCUCUUUUUAACCGAGAAGUGAGCGGAGCUGAUGCUGAAGGAGCUGCUCUUCGACGAGUGGUUCUUGUUGAACACUAGUAGUUCUUGACCGAGUACUGAAGAAACAACUCCUCGAAAAGAGCAGGACUAGUUAGUUUUUCUAACACCCCCCUUCCCCUAGUACCAUUGAUUCACACCUGACGAAGACAAAUUCAAAUUAAUUGAUUUGGAAACGCCAGGGUGAGUAUUUAUAACGAAUUUGUAAAAACCUACCUCUUCGGAUCUUUGUACAAUAGUCUA